CUGAUCAGCUGGUACUGGUAAAUGCCAUCUCCUACAGAGGGACCUGGAAGUAUGCAUUUCAGAAAGACCAAACCACGGCAAUGGCUUUCAGGCUGGACGAGGUACUCUCAUGGCUUAAUUAUUUUUUUUUCCCUUUAAAGUCCCAGAGCAAGCCUGUUCAGAUGAUGCGGCUGCAAGGGCUCCUGAAACUGGGCUCCAUCAAGGAGCCUCGGGUGCAGGUCCUUGAGAUGCCGGAUGCAGAGGAUCACCUGAGUAUGGUCAUCGUCCUACCCAGCGAGGACGUCGGCCUGGGACGGGUAACCAGGGAAAUCACUUACGAGAAACUAAAUAACUGGUUAGGCUCAGCCAACAUGAAAGAUGCAGCUGUGGUUCUGCACCUGCCCCAGCUCCGACUCGACGGGUACCAUGAAGACCUGACUUCCAUACUGGCAGCUCUGGGAAUGGCUGAUGUCUUCGAUCUCUCAAGGGCUAACUUGUCUGGCAUAACUGCAGGAAGUGGCCUCGUGGUCUCCAAGAUAAUCCAUAAGGCCACGCUGGAGGUUACUGAGAGUGGCUCAGAAUCCACGUUUACCAACCAAACAAGCAAAGCGGAAAAUCCUGAAAUCUUCAAGGUGGAUCGUCCUUUCCUCUUGUUUAUCCUACACAAGGAAACAAAGAUGAUUCUCUUCUACGGCAGAGUCUCCACCCCUUAAGGAAGGAAAUGAAUUUAUACUCAAACCACCUUCCGAUUCCUCAAAUUAGCUGGAUUUUAUGAGUUUGUAGACAACACUCUGUGUAGGUACAGCUAAAAGAGACACUCCGUGCUUCUUAGCGAUGUUUUCCUUUCAGCUAUCUCAUGUAGAAUAUCCAGCCCAUCCAUCUCUUCUGGUUUGGUUUACUUUGGUUAAACAAUUUACAAUAUGCUAUUAUUUGAGCUUAUUAAAAAAUUAUGAUCAAUACUA